AUGGAAGAGGAAGGUUUACACUUGGGAGAAGAAGAUCUGGAACCUUCAACAAAGCAGGGGGAGUUAAGUCUAUUAGGAAGGUUGCAUCAUGUGAGAAACAUUACUGGAGAAAUCCUUUCUAAUACUAUGAAAGGAAUCUGGAAACUACGACAACACCCUUCGUUUAGAGAUUUGGGUGGAAACUUGUAUGCGAUUGUGUUCGACAAUGAGGUGGAUAAAUUGAAAAUCAUGGAGGGAAGACCGUGGUUAUUUGAUCGUCACCUUUUGGUUCUUCAAGAGAUGCAGAGUUCUGUUCCUGUGAGGGAGAUCCCGUUUGAUGAUGAGGUUUUCUGGGUACAAGUACACAAUCUGCCACUUGCAGCAAUGACGGAGAAAGUGGGUCGUCUCAUUGGCAAUUCAAUAGGAGUUUGUGUUGAUGUUGAUACACAGAAGAAUGGAAUAGGGUGGGGUCCUUACCUUCGUAUUCGAGUCUUGAUUUCUUUACAUAAGCCCCUCCCAAGGGGAAAGAAGAUUGAUUUGCCGGAUAGAUCUGUGACAGUAGGAUUCUUAUAUGAGUUUCUACCAAAAUUUUGUUACAAAUGUGGCCGUAUAUUGCAUGACAAGGGCGGCUGUUUGAUUGUUAGUUCUAACCGUUUACAUGGGGACGCGGAGCAGCCGGAGUAUGGGAGUUGGAUGAGGGCACCAAGUUUUAUGAGGCGGAAUGUUGGCAUGAAUAGUGAUGAUUUCCGACAUAAGCCAUCAAUGUCCGAUGAUCGGAAGGGCGCCGAUGAUGAAAAUCACGGGAUUGAUAAUUUGCCUUUAAUUGUGGGAAUUGGUGUUGAAAAUCAGGUCCAAAUUAAUUCAAAUAUUGAUUCUAUUUAUGUAUCAACAUCAGUGUUGGGCCCACCUGGGGAUGGGGUUAAUAAUUCCAAUGAGGUGGUCCAGGUGGCCAACUGUACGGAGACUAGUGGGAUGGUGAUACAGGAGAUGAAUUCUAUGAUAGUGCUAACAGAUGAAAAAAAACGUCCAAAAUCAAGUUGGAAAAGGAGAGCACGUUUGGUUAAUGAUCACAAUAUGGAGAUUGAACUCGAUUCUGGUGGAGUGAUGAACAACCAAGUGGACUCAGUAGGGAAGAGUGGUGGUUUAAUGCUUUUGUGGAAAGAAGAAAUAGAUAUUACAGUACAUUCUUAUUCACUAAGGCAUAUUCAUGUUACGAUUAAAGAAGGGAGUGGUUCUCUCCCUUGGAAUAUAACCUUCUUUUAUGGCCAUCCUGAUGUCUCUAAAAGGAAGUGCUCGUGGGACCUCUUGCGUUUUCUUUCAAAUACUAUCCACAAUCAGUGGCUCUGUGUGGGGGAUUUUAAUGUCAUAUCAAAUGGGGGGGAGAAGGUUGGUGGUAGUGAUAGAGGGGGUACUACGAUGAAUGACUUUAAUGAUGCUUUAUCAGAUUCUAAUCUUGUCGACCUGGGCUUCAAAGGAAAUAAGUACACCUGGAGUAAUAGGAGAAAAAGUCCGGAAUCAUUUAUUAAAGAGAGGUUAGAUCGGUCAUUGGCUUCAUUGGGUUGGUUACAAAGAUGGGGUACCUAUCAUGUGGAGUAUUUAACAACUAUAUCUUCGGAUCACAGUUGUAUGUAUGUUUGCUGGGAUGAUAGAUCAUUAAGAAGAAGUGCUCUUACAAGAAGAUUCAGAUAUGAACCAAAUUUGGGUGCUAAAGAUGCUUGCCACCAACUUGUGAGACAGCAGUGGGUCCGGAGAAUUGAUAGGGGAGGUGCUCAGUCUGCCUUAUCGUAUUUGCAGUUGAAUUUAAAGUUUUGUGGUCCAAAAAUUCAAAAGUGGGUAGUGAAAGAGAGACAGAGACAUGCGUAUACAGAGAAAGAUUUGAAGUCCAAACUUGAUUCACUAAUUGCAAAGGAGAGUCAUGAAAAUCAAGAAGCUAUUUCGGCUAUGAGACAUCAGCUGCAAGAGCUAUGUGAACUAGAAGAAAAGGUGCUGUUAAAUCAAAGUAAACAACAUUGGUUAAAAGCUGGUGAUCAAAAUACUAGUUUUUUCCAUAAUAGUAUGAAGAGGAGGCAAAAUUUAAAGGGCAUUGACAAAAUCCUGGAUGAAGGUGGAUGUUUGAGAACUACUGAACCGGAAAUAGCUGAGGCUUUUCAUGCCUACUGUACUAGUCUUUUCUCAGCUGGAAGUAUUGUGGAGGAUUAUUCAUUUUUAGAUUCAAUAACAAGGCUAGUUGAUGCUGAUGUUAAUGAGUCUUUGUGUAGGAUGUUACAAGAGACGAAAUUUGGAAUGCAGUUCGAAGUAUUAGUAGUCAAAAAGCUCCAGGCCCCGAUGGAUUUUCAGCGGGUUUUUAUCAUAGUCAUUGGGAUACUGUGGGAGAUAGUGUUGUGGAUGCUGUGA